AUGGAGUCUGGGGGUGCUGAGUCUGGGGGUGCUGAGCCUGGGAGUGCUACACCUGGAGGAGCUCUCUCCUCACAGCAGCUGCGUGAGUGGUACUUACAGUACUGCAGCCUCAGGAGGGGUACUUCUGGAGCUGGGAGCGCUGCUAGAGCUGGUGCUCGUGCUUCCCCUCCUAGGCGGGAGCUGCCCUCUCCCCAGCGGCUCCGAGAGUGGUACGCUCGGCGCUGCAGUCUCCGGAGUGGCGCUCCUAGUGUCGCGGACCCUGGUGCUGGAGCUGCUGGCGGUGCUGCUGGCGCUGCUGGAGGUGCUACUGGUGCUGGUGCUGCUGGAGGUGCUCCUAGUGCUGGUGCUGCUGGAGCUGCUGGAGGUGCUGCUGCAGCUGGCGGUGCUGCUGGCGCUGCUGGAGGUGCCACUGGUGCUGGAGCUGCUGGAGCUGCUGGAGGCGCUGCUGCUGCUGGUGGUGCUGCUGGCGCUGCUGGAGGUGCUGCUGGUGCUAGUGCUGCUGGAGCUACUGGAGGUGCUGCUGCUGCUGGCGGUGCUGCUGGCGCUGCUGGAGGUGCCACUGGUGCUGGAGCUGCUGGAGCUACUGGAGGCGCUGCUGCUGCUGGCGGUGCUGCUGGCGCUGCUGGAGGUGCCACUGGUGCUGGAGCUGCUGGAGCUACUGGAGGCGCUGCUGCUGCUGGCGGUGCUGCUGGCGCUGCUGGAGGUGCUGCUGGUGCUGGUGCUGCUGGAGCUACUGGAGGUGCUGCUGCUGCUGGCGGUGCUGCUGGCGCUGCUGGAGGUGCCACUGGUGCUGGAGCUGCUGGAGCUGCUGGAGGUGCUGCUGCUGCUGGCGGUGCUGCUGGCGCUGCUGGAGGUGCUGCUGGUGCUGGUGCUGCUGGAGCUGCUGGAGGUGCUGCUGCUGCUGGCGGUGCUGCUGGCGCUGCUGGAGGUGCUGCUGGUGCUGGUGCUGCUGGAGCUGCUGGAGCUACUGGGCCUGCUGAGGGGGUUGGAGCUGGAGGUGCUGAGCGGCCGCGGCCGUACUACGUUCCGCUCCUUCAGCAGGUUCUUGGUCUCCCGCCCUCUACUGGUCCUUCUCCUCCCCUACUGCAUCCACCGUCUCUCCAGUCGCAGUCACAGUUACAGCCUGCCUCUCCGCUGCCUGCUCCUUCUCCUUACACUGCGCCGACGGGUAGUCUUACGGAGCGUCGUGAGCCUGAGUCUCGUCCUCCGUCGCCUGAGUCUAGUCCUGCGUCUCCUGAGUCUCGUCCAGAGUCGCCUGUCCGCGCUGCCCGCACUGGUCGCCGUGUUCCGCGUGAGCGUCCUCCUCCUGUCCUUGGCACUCACUACAUGACCUUGCAUCCUUCCACUGCUCCACAGCGCGUCCCUCUGCCGUCUCCUCCUGCGUCCUCUCUUCCUGACGUUUUUGACCCGCCGUCAGACCUUACUCGUGCUGCCAGUCCUACUGUCGCGCGUCUCCUUGCCACUGUUGUCACUGACCCUUCCUUUGAGUCCGCUGCUGCGUCUGCUCUAGUCGCUGAGCUUGUUGACUUUGCUGCCGCCUGUCGUCUAGACUACGCCGCUAGCCUGGUUGCUGAGUCUGAGUCUGUCUGUCCUCCGUCCGUCCGGGGUGAGUGUGCUCUUGGCACGGACGUCCUUGAGGACAGACAGGAGGAGUUUGAGUGCUUUGCUGCUGCUUUACCUCAUCUCGUGUCCAUGCUGAUUGCCCCUGAGGGAGACCCGGAUGCACCAGACAUCCCGACCCCACGCUCCUACGCAGAGGCGAUGGAGGGUCUCUACUCCUCUCAGUGGCAGACAGCCAUGGACGCAGAGAUGGCUUCCUGGAAGUCCACAGGCACCUACGUCGACGAGGUUCCCCCACCUGGGGCGAACAUCGUCAGUGGCAUGUGGAUCUUCAGGGUGAAGCGGCCGCCGGGUUCUCCGCCUGUCUUCAAGGCGCGCUACGUUGCUCGAGGCUUCAGUCAGCGAGAGGGAGGCAGCCUGCACGAGGAGAUCUGGCUGCGCCGCCCACCUGGCUUCACUAGGUCGUUCCCUCCUGGUACCCAGUGGAGCCUCCGGCGGCCAGUCUACGGUCUCCGCCAGGCACCCCGUGAGUGGCACGACACACUGAGGACUACGCUUGCGGCUCUUGGGUUUGCUCCUUCUACUGCUGACCCGUCGCUGUUUCUACGCACCGACACCACUCUGCCGCCGUUCUACGUUCUCGUGUACGUCGACGACUUGGUCUUUGCUACUGCUGACACUGAGGCACUCGCCCAUGUGAAGUCGGAGCUGCAGAAGAGACACACGUGCACAGACCUGGGUGAGCUGACAAGCUAUCUUGGCUUGCGGAUCACCCGGGACAGAGCACAGUGCACCAUCACCUUGACUCAGUCACACAUGGUGCAGCAGGUCCUUCAGCGCUUCCGCUUCACGUACUCCUCGCCUCAGCCCACUCCUCUGCCUACCGGUCACUCGCUCUCAGCUCUGCCUUCGGAUGAGUCCGUAGAGCCGAGUGGCCCGUAUCCAGAGCUUGUGGGCUGCCUCAUGUACCUGAUGACCUGCACUCAACCAGACCUUGCAUACCCUCUUAGCAUCCUAGCACGCUAUGUCGCUCCUGGCCGUCAUCGGAAGGAGCACAUGGAUGCUGCUAAGAGGGUGUUGCGCUACUUGUGCAGUACGUCGGGCAUGGGGCUUGUGCUUGGAGGACGGCGCGACGCUGUCCUCACUGGACACUCAGACGCUUCUUGGGCUGACGACCAGGCUACGCAGCGGUCGUCUCAGGGUUACACCUUCAGCCUUGGCUCUGGUUCUGUUUCCUGGCGUUCUACACGCUCUUCCUCUGUUCUCAGCUCCAGUUGUGAGGCUGAGAUCUACGUCACAGCCAUGGCUGCCCAGGAGCUACGCUGGCUCACCUACCUGCUGACCGACUUGGGAGAGCGGCCUCGUUCUCCUCCAGUGCUGUACGUCGACAACAAGGCAGCCAUUGCCUUGUGUCAGGAGCACAGACUGGAGCACAGAACGAAGCACAUUGCUCUGCGCUACUUCCUUGCUCGAGAGCUGCAGCAGCGUGGUCAGCUUCGUCUGUCGUACGUGGCCACUCGGGCCAACACUGCUGAUGUGUUCACCAAGGCGCUUCAGCCUUGUGACCAUCAGCGUUUCUGUACUGUUCUAGGCCUUGUGCCUACUCUCCCUCACUUGCUCACUUCUUGA